UUAGCAAUCUCAAUUUUUCCUUUACCUUUGCUAUUGCAGGCAAUAUCUGUUGAAGGUUUGAAAAACAAUUUGCAAACUGACUAUAUCCUAAAGAUCCUAGGACUCGAUAUCUGUGCAGAUACACGAGUUGGAGAUGCCACGAGACCUGGAAUAUCUGGUGGCCAAAAGAGGAGGUUGACAACAGGGGAACUCGUUGUGGGUCCAGCUACUACCUUGUUCAUGGAUGAAAUAUCGAAUGGUUUAGACAGCUCAACUACGUUCCAGAUAGUGUCAUGUCUCCAACAGAUGGCACAUAUAGCUGAAGCCACCAUACUGAUUUCACUUCUUCAGCCUGCGCCAGAAACGUUUGAGCUUUUCGACGAUGUGAUUCUUAUGGGGGAAGGAAAGAUAAUUUACCAUGCUCCACGAGCUGAUAUCUGCAGAUUCUUUGAAGACUGUGGAUUUAAGUGUCCAGAGAGGAAAGGCGUUGCUGACUUCCUCCAAGAGGUUAUGUCUAGAAAAGAUCAAGAACAAUAUUGGUGCCACAAAGGCAAGCCCUACAGUUAUAUAUCUGUUGAUUCAUUCAUUAAUAAGUUUAAAGAAUCAAAUCUUGGGUUGCUGCUAAAGGAAGAACUGUCAAAGCCGUUUGAUAAAUCCCAGACUCGCAAGGAUGGUCUAUGUUUUAGAAAAUACUCAUUGUGUAAAUGGGAGAUGCUUAAAGCUUGUUCGAGAAGAGAACUUCUUUUGAUGAAACGGACACUACAAGAAUAUUGGAAGAUUUCAGGUUAUUUGUCACGGUCAAAGAGAGCUCUGAAGCUUAGCUUGAAUCCGUUUUCAGAAAUGUAA